UCCUUUUCACGGUGACAACUUUUAUAUCUAACUUCAGCCAAAUGUCUUGAAAAUGUGAAAUGACAAACACCAGUAAGAAGAAAGUGGCCUGCAGAGCUUGAGUAAGCUCAUGUUCAGAAUUAUUGGAACCACAGGAGGGGAAACAGUAUCCUCGGUUUCAUCCUAAAGAUCCGUCACUUUCUUUCCUAAAAACACUUGUCUUCUCUUGUCCUGGAAAAUACAAUGGACCACUUUUAUGGGGCAUGAAAACCAAACUAGAGAGAUCCAGUUCCAUUUCCACCCCUUUUCGCCCAUCCUGGAGGUCCAGAUGUUUAUUUUUGUGCUGUUCCUGCUGUUGUACAUUGGCAGUCUCCUUGGUAAUGCCACAAUCUCUCUCACUGUCUGGGCUGAGCGCUCGCUCCACAUUCCCAUGUACUUCUUUCUGGCCAACCUGGCAGUGCUGGAGAUCUUUUACUCUUCCACAGUGGCCCCUCUGGCUUUGGUCAACCUUGUGACCAUGGGGAGGAUUCCCAUCUCCUUCGCUGGUUGUGGCACGCAGAUGUUCUUCUUUGUUUUCCUGGGUAGUGCUGACUGUAUCCUCUUGGGGAUCAUGGCUUACGAUCGGUUUGUAGCAAUCCGGGAGCCCUUGCGUUACACCCUCAUCAUGAGACGGCCGCUGUGUGCCCAGUUGGCUUUGGGAGCUCUGGUCCUUGGUUUCAUUCUAGCUUUACAACUGACAGUUCUGAUCUUCCAUCUGCCGUUCUGUGGCCACAACAGGAUCACCCACUUCUACUGCGAUGUGCUGCCCAUCCUGAGGUUGGCAUGCGGGGACACUCGGAUGCAGGAAGCCAUGAUCUUCAUCGUCAGCGUCAUCAUCCUCACCAUCCCCUUUUCUCUGAUCUCCGUCUCUUACGUCUUCAUCAUUGCUGCCAUUUUGAAGAUCCGCUCUGCCGAGGGACGGAACAAGGCCUUCUCCACUUGCUCUUCUCACCUGACUGUGGUUCUUCUGCAAUAUGGUUGCUGCAGCCUCAUCUAUUUACGCCCCAGCUCCAGCUACAACCCAGAAAUGGGCCGGGUGGUGUCUGUUGUCUACACCUUUGUCACCCCUGUCUUGAAUCCUUUGAUUUACAGCAUGAGAAACAAGGAGCUGAAAGAUGCUCUGAACAAAGUAGUGAGAAGGCAUUUAUUGCAGUAGGAAAUGGGCUUCUGGUCUCGUGCAAAUGGCAGGAAACCGUACAAUGAAGUAUUAGAUGACUUAAAUAUUUACUACUUCCUCCUGCUCCCUCUUCUCUUUGUUGCUCCCAAAGAUGGAGCAAGUUCCUGAAGGAAAGAUUUCACCACUUAGAGGAAGCUCUCAAUGGGCAGGUAUUUGUGUGUUUGUGCACUAAUUCAUUCCUAGUACUUAGCUAUUGACACUGAGUACAUAUUUAUUCAACUAAUGAAUUCAUUAAGAUGAUAUCAAAUAACUUUACUGGGUUUUCUUUUUGUUUGUUAUAUUCCCCAGAACCGUAUAUAGAACUUUGCCAUAAUAGGCAAUUUAACUAAUAUUUGGAGGAUAACUGAAAGUCAUCUAAGAACCCUAAUGAUUUUUCAAGUUUCCAUUUCAUAAUCUCUUUUCCUCUCCUCUGUUGAGUGACCCUUGGGAAUGUUUACUGUAAUGUUUCCAAAAUUCACAGUUAGAAAACAACAUUUUCACUCCUUCUCGUUUGAAUGAGAAAUACAUUUCUCAUUCUUUUUCUUUAUUUUCUCCUUGCUUCCUCCUUUCUCCCUCCCUUCUUCCUAUUCUCUCUCUCUCUCCCUUUCAUCAAUUUGAAGGUUUUACAAUGACAAUUCUUUGUCUCAUUUGCAUUUAUUUAUUAAUUAAACUGAUCUUCUCAUGUAUUUUCUAGCCAUUGUAAUUUUUGGUGUAUUUUUCUAAGGCAUUUUAAAAUUUUAGG